AAAAAAAUAGAAUCUCUUAUCUGCACUCACACCUCUAUCUCCAUUUCCCUUAUUAUCCGAUCCUCCUUGUCGGUUCUCCCAUCUGUAUAUGCUCUCAAUUCCUUACUCUACAAGCUUUCUUCAACAACCACUCCACCUUUAUCCUUGAUUUUUUUAUUUUUUAACUUGAUUUGAUCGUUUCUCUUUAACCCUUUCUCGAUUGCCGAGAAGACAGUAAAUACAAGAUCGAGAAACUGAAGGUCUUACUGGUUACGUUUUACCAGCUGUGAUCGGUGAUUUUCAGCUAAAAAAAAAUUUCCCCUUAGAGAGGAGAGAUGGUGUCGCUGCAAGGACCGGUAAUAUGCCCUACUACUGUGCGUGCAAAACAAGCAGGAAAACACGCUUUCCCGAUGACUGGUCCCUUGGUGAAGGCAAGGCUGGUUAGAAGUGAAUUGUGGGGAUUCAAGGGUUACAAAACUAAGGUGGGUCUUACUUCUCGGCAACUUAAGGCGCGAAGAUGCAAUACUGUGCAGUGUAGUUUGAGCUCAUCGUCAGAUGGUAAUGGGAGUACAGCCGAGAAUUUCAAUGAAAAUGAUGAAGAUUAUGUCAACUCCAGUGUCGUUGAAGCUGUUGAGGUGAAGAGUGGAUCGGAUGGUUUUGUGAUCAAAAUGAGGGAUGGAAGGCACUUAAGGUGUGUCCACAACAACCCUCAAGGUGGGCAUCUGCCGGAUUAUGCUCCCCAUCCUGCGAUUGUAUUGAAGAUGGAAGAUGGGACUGGUCUUCUUCUUCCAAUAAUUGUUUUGGAGAUGCCAAGUGUGUUGCUCAUGGCAGCAGUGCGCAAUGUCCAAAUUGCAAGACCAACUAUGUAUCAAGUGGUGAAGGACAUGGUUGAAAAGAUGGGUUUUGAGGUCAAACUUGUUAGAGUUACGAAGAGAGUGCAUGAAGCAUACUUUGCCCAGUUGUAUCUCUCUAAGAUUGGUAAUGAAACUGAAUGUGUCAGCUUUGAUCUUCGUCCAUCAGAUGCCAUCAAUAUUGCUGUUAGAUGCAAGGUGCCUAUUCAAGUUAAUAAGUACCUGGCGUACAGUGAUGGAAUGAGAGUCAUUGAAUCUGGAAAGCCAAUUCAGUCUCCUGCUUCAGAUGGCUUAUUAUUCACUGAACUUGAUAGGCCCACUGGACAACCUUGUCUUGAUACCAAGGAGUUUAAUCUUGUGCGCAACAUGUUUACAGCUGCGUUCGAGGAACGUUAUGGAGAUGCUGCUCAAUGGAGAGACAAACUUGGUCAAUUUCGGGCAAAGAGGAACUUGAAGAAAUAUACAUGACAGGUUUCACUGCUUAAACUUGUAUAUAUAAACCAUUGUUGGAAGGUGAUGAGGAUGGUGGGAUUAUGUGAUUAUGUGGCGGCAUUCCACUCUAUCAUUAUGUAUGUAUGUGAAUAUAUGUAUAGAUAAACUUCGCUAAUGAAAUGUUGGAAGCAAUUGACGAUAGUUGAUUUCCGCAUAUUAUUCUUGAAUGGAAGGCAAUUCCCUCU